AUGUCAGUCACUGUUACAGUCUCCGCUGUGGCGCCGGAAGAUCCCGGUGCUGUUGUUAUUGAAAGAUCAUGGCUACAAGGGUUUAAAGGGAAAAAACGACCCCUAUCAAUGGCAGAGAAGCUCGUAAAACUCCGGACGGACCUCAGAUCUCGAACUCUCCACCAUUUUCAGCUAUUACUACGUCUCAAUUUCUCGGCUUUGAAUUUGGUUGUAUGGCAAGUGCAGAGGAGGGUCUGCUGGGCGAUGCCAUUAUUCCGAGCGAUGGUGAAUCGUCUCUGCAAUUUCAUUUCUUCCCCUUCUGUUUUUGUUUUUCUUUGUUUUCCAUGCGAGAUGGUGAUACGAAACCAUUAAAAUCUGAUCUGAUCGGUUAAACAACGAAACCAAGGGUGAAAAAACUUGACAAAAGGACGAAGGCAAAUGAAGGGAUAUCAUAGUCAUUUUGCUGAAACCGUUUAUUUCCCAACGGCAUAACGGCAGAUAGAGAGGGGAAGGUCUGUGAAGGUAUCAAAAAAUGAGGGUAAGUUUAAGAGAAUUGGGCGAAAGUGAAGGGGAGAUUUUGAUAACAACCCAUUAGAAAAUGGGCCAAUGGGCAAUGGCCAUACCUGAUGCUGAUACCUCCCGGGUCCCGGCUACGGGCUACCCCGUCCGAUCUCUGGACUCUGAUGGCAUUCACUCUCACCCGCUAGUUUAUAUUUAUUUAAAACAAUAAUACAUACAGAUACAAUCCUCUCUUCUUCCACUUCCUACAGAGCUCGGAAACGAGAAUUCUGACCUUCUCCGACGCAAUGGCUGAAGAUGAUUCUCUCGCACAGUUCCUUGCUGUUGCCGUUGAUGCUGCAAAGAGAGCUGGAGAGAAAAUUCGCAAAGGAUUUUACCAGACAAAGCAUGUCGAGCAUAAGGGCCAGGUGGAUUUGGUCACGGAAACUGAUAAAGCAUGUGAAGAUCUCAUAUUUAAUCAUCUUAAGCAGCAUUUCCCAGAGCACAAGUUCAUUGGAGAGGAGACUACUGCUGCAUGUGGUACCACAGAGCUCAAUGACCAGCCUACAUGGAUUGUUGAUCCACUUGAUGGAACGACUAAUUUUGUUCAUGGGUUCCCUUUUGUCUGUGUGUCAAUUGGUCUUACAAUUGGAAAGGUUCCCACUAUUGGUGUCGUGUACAACCCAAUAAUUGAUGAGCUUUUUACUGGGAUUCGUGGAAAAGGUGCUUUUCUUAAUGGUACCCCCAUAAGAGCCUCAUCUCAGACUGAACUGGUGAAGUCCCUCCUUGCAACAGAGAUUGGAACAAAGCGUGAUAAGAUAACAGUGGAUGCUACUACAAAUAGAAUAAAUAGCCUACUGUUCAAGGUACGCUCCCUUCGGAUGAGCGGUUCUUGUGCACUGAACCUCUGUGGAAUUGCAUGUGGGAGGAUCGAUAUCUUUUAUGAGCUAGGCUUUGGCGGUCCUUGGGAUGUGGCGGCCGGAGCAUUGAUUGUUCAGGAAGCUGGGGGACGUGUAUUUGAUCCAUCUGGCAGGGACUUCGACAUUACAGCUCAAAGAGUAGCAGCUUCGAACCCUCAUCUCGAGGAUGCCUUUGUUGAGGCUUUGAGACAGGCAGAACGAGAUUGAACUACCACUCCAGAAACUACAAGUUUUCUAUUUAUUUAUAUGUAUGAUUUUACAAUUGUUGUCCUGAAAACAGCAUCAAGGUCGUAUUUUCCUAGGAAUUAGUGAUCAUUUUUUUUCUUUAAUUGGUUUUUUCCUUUUACAAGUGAAGCGAUUCUUGAGUGUCUUGUGCCUCCAGUUAGUAAUGCUCAGCCUCAUACUUCAUUCCUAGUUAUUUCAAAUUCAAAGUGCUGUUAAUUAUUGUUGGAUUUCUGAUAGUUCUUUCAA